AUGAUUCUUGAAAGAUUCUCUAUGCUACGACUGGUGUCCCUCAAAUGGGUCAGGUUUCUGUCUACGUUCUCUCGCGAAGAGGUAGAGGCCGCCAGACAGUGGCUUGAAGUGGCUGAUGCCAAAAUACCCAGGUCCAUCUUUGAUAUCACAUACAGUAGGUCCUCGGGCCCUGGAGGACAGAAAGUGAACAAAACGUCUUCCAAAGCCACCGUGGCUCUUGAACCAUACAAAUGGCUUAAUCCCCAGUUCUGCUAUUGGAUUCCAAAACCUGUGUUGCUGCAAUUGGGCGAGAAGAGGAUCCGCUACCACACAAAGCUGGGAGGGUUGCUCAUCCAGAGCGAUAAAACAAGAAAUAGAGAGGAUAACACGGCCGAGUGUUUCAAAAAAUUAGCAGACGAGUUUCGCAAGAAUGUGUAUUUCGAGUCUGAGGUGAGUGAAGAAGACAAGUUGAAGUGGGAAGAGUUGGCGAAGAUCAGCAAAGAGAAGCGGAUGUUGCAGAAGAAGAAACGCUCCGAUAAGAAGAAGAUGCGGUCGAAGCAGUUUGACAUGUGA